ACAGACGUGAACAGACGCGCAGCGCACAGUCGAAAGCGGAAUCGAAACCGAAAUCGCGCGUUCAAGUGCGAAAGUGGAAGACAGUGAAGAGAAGAUAUAUACAUAGAUAUAGAAACACAGUAAAGAGUGCCGUACCGUGCCGGGCCGUGCUGUUGAAACGGAUUUCAUUCGGAAGAGAGAGAACCGAAGCAUGUCCAGUGCUCAAGUGUCGCAACAGCCGCCGCCGCAGACUACCACAGCGCUAUCGAUGCCGUCGCAGCUGAUCCUCAGCCACAUAGCCGCCGCCAGUCACAGCCACAGCCAUAGCCAGCACCAGCACCAUCAUCCGCAUCCUCAUACCCAUCCGCAUCCGCAUCCGCAGAGAUCGUCGCCCCACGACUACGAUCAGAGCAGCAACCAAUCGACACUCUCGCCCAGAUCCCGGGGCAGCCCCACUCCCAGUCCGGCGGCCGUUGGCGCCAGUCCCACACACUCCACAGCCACCACCGGAUCACCACAGAGCGCGAGCGCCUACGCCCCGGGACUGAGUCCAGGCGGAGCCGGAGGAGGAGGAGGAGGAGGAGGAGGAGGACAGGAACACGCGACGGACCAGAUCACCGCCGGAGGAGCAACGCCAGCUGGAAUGGCCCUACUAGUGGCGCCCAUACCCGUGGGCUGUCCGCCACAGCAGGGACCGGCGCCACCGCCCACACAUCCCCGACUGUACGUGGAGGGAUUCGCACCACAUCAUGCCCCGCAUCUGCAUCCCGCUGUGGUCAACGUGAACGGAGGAUAUCCCCUGUCACGCCUGCCCCUCGCCGCCGUCAUGAUGCCCGCCAAUGCCGCAGCGCCAGUGAAUGGAGCAGCCCCACCGCCCGUCUCCAACUCCUGCUCCCCGCAGCCCGCUAGCAACCACACGACCAGCACCACCGCAACGACAACGACGACACUCCUGCCGCCCGCCCAGAGCCAGCCCAAGAAGUCCUUCUGCAUCGACGCGCUGCUGGCCAAGAGCCAGCACCAGUCAGGGGAGCGGGAGCCCCAGCCCAUCAUCGUGGACGAUCGCCUGGCCGCCCUGCACUACGCCGCCCGGGACCAGGCGGAGCUCAACCACGCCUUCGUGGCCGCCUCCAAUGCGGCGGCAGCCCAGGCCGCAGCGGCCCAUGCGGCGGCAGCCGUCACCGGAAUCAGCGAUCACGAGGCCCUGCAGCGCAUACGCGACUCGCGGGAAUACGAUUCGCCCAGUCCCGACGGCAUGUCGAGAUCCGAGUCCCCGAGCUCCUCGCAUCGCUCCAGUCCGCCCAUCAGUCCCGGCUGCGAGGACCAGCAGCAACAUGGCCACGGCAUCCAUCCGCACUUGCACCAGCAUCCCCAUCACAUGUCCAUGCGAAUGUCAGAUCUCCACGACGAGUUCAAGAAGCCCGUGCCGCCGCACAGUCCCAUCAGACCCCAGGAUUUCCCUCUGUACGCGGGCGGACAUCCGUACCAGCUGCUGGCCCAAGGCGGAUCCGCCUUCCACCGGCCACUGGAUCCAUCCGGCAAGCCCAUACCGAUCCCCAUGGGUCACAACUUUAUGCCCUCGCAGCUGCAGUUUGAGUUCCUGGCCCGCGCCGGCAUGCUCCACCACCGCAUACCCGAACUGGCGGCGUAUCCGCAUCACGCGAUCCUGGGGAAGACGCGCAGGCCGCGCACGGCCUUCACCUCCCAGCAGCUGCUCGAGCUGGAGAAGCAGUUCAAGCAGAACAAGUAUCUCAGUCGACCGAAGCGCUUCGAGGUGGCCAGCGGCCUGAUGCUCUCCGAGACGCAGGUGAAGAUCUGGUUCCAGAACCGACGCAUGAAGUGGAAGCGCUCCAAGAAGGCCCAGCAGGAGGCCAAGGAGCGGGCCAAGGCCCAGCAGCAGCAGCAACAGCAGAAUCAGAGUCAGAAUCAGCCCCAGAGUGCGGCCAGUUAGGAGGAGG